GGCGCGGAGGGGAGGGCCGGCCGGGGCAGGAAUGCGCGGCGGGCGGGCGGAGGACGCAGGAGGCGAACGACGGAACAUGUAAGGGCACAUCCCUCGAGCAGCCGCCCAGCGCGCAGGCAGAGCCCAGCGGAGCGAGCGGGCGAGCGCAGAGCCAGUGCGCAGCGGGGCUUUCGGGCCGGAAAGCAGCGGGCGGCACCGGGCAGUGGCGAGCCGGGGCAGCUCGAGCGGCGUGGAGGAGCGGCGGAGGGCCGGAGCGGGGGCUGCGGGCGGCCGAGCGGGCGGCGGUGGCUGGAGGACUGCGCGGCAGGCGCGCGACUCAGCAGGGGCGCAGGUGGCAGGGAGAGCGGCCAGCCGGCCCCGGGCGCCAGAAUCCGGCGCGGCCCAGCCGGGAAGGGCGCCGCGCCCACCGUAGCCUACAGCCUGCCCGGGACCUCGGGGCGCCCAUGACGGCGGCGGCGACGGUGCUCAAGGAGGGCGUGCUGGAGAAGCGCAGCGGCGGGCUGCUGCAGCUGUGGAAGCGGAAGCGCUGUGUGCUCACCGAGCGCGGGCUGCAGCUCUUCGAGGCCAAGGGCACCGGCGGCCGGCCCAAGGAGCUCAGCUUCGCCCGCAUCAAGGCCGUGGAAUGCGUGGAGAGCACCGGGCGCCACAUCUACUUCACGCUGGUGACCGAGGGCGGCGGCGAGAUCGACUUCCGCUGCCCCCUCGAAGAUCCUGGCUGGAACGCCCAGAUCACCCUGGGCCUGGUCAAGUUCAAGAACCAGCAGGCCAUCCAGACAGUGCGGGCCAGGCAGAGCCUCGGGGCCGGGACCCUUGUGUCCUAACCCCCCCCCAGCUUACCAUCUCACCUUUACACUGCGCACCCUCCCCACCACGUGGUGCCCAGAGGUCAAGUCAGCUUUCCUGCCCCUUUUGUCUCAUGGGGCAUGACUAUGCUCCCUGUGUCGAGGCAGAAGCCGUGGUUGUGCGGAGGAGGCGUUGGACCUGAAGGAAUGGACGGGGCCCGGGGAGGAGGGCAGAAGGCCACGUGGGGCUGAGGAUGAAGAUUCAGCCCCUGGACAGUUGCAGACUUUCGGGACAUUCCCAGCUCAGGGCCUUGUAGCCACAGGCCUGACUUGUGUCUCAUGAUGGAGAGCUGGCAUCAAAGCGUCCUCUCCCCAGCGGCCCUGUCAUCCGUUCUGCAGAUUGCUGUUGGUCCCCAGCUUGGUGCCAUGCCUGGAAGAGGAUGUGUCCCCAUGGGGUGCGCAGCCAGCGCCUCAGGACUCGGGAGGCCAGCCUGGUACCCAGCGGGGGAUCCCCCCGGCAUCACCUCUGGACUCACCUUGGUGGGGGGGGGGAGCUGAUGGGCCCCGAGGCCCACACGUGGGGGUCUCCUGCUGCUUAGGUCCUUCUGGGACCCCCACCCAUCCAGGCCUUCUCUUUGCACACUUCUUCCCCCACCUCCUGCCCAUCUUCCCCCCACUGUGGUGCUCGGCCUGGAGGUGGUGGGGGUGGGGUGGGGGUUUGACCAUUAUCAUUUCAUGCCUAUCCCAAAAUGAAGAUGCCCCACGGAGGGCAGUGAA